AGGAAUAUAUCAGAUAUAACUUUCUCUCUCUUCUCUCUCUUAAUUAAUCCUUUAGAGAGAGAAAGUUUCCGGCGAAUAAUUUUGCACCGGCAACGGCCAGUUUCUUCAUUGGCGUUGGCUGACACAUGCCCAGCACAGUCGGUUACCUCAACGACGGUGGCUGGUUUUCUCGUCUGGCAUCGGUGGAUUUAUUUUCGCCGUUGGCUAGCUCUUUUCCGGCAGUUUUUGGCUACUACAGCAAAGCUGGCUGGCUUAUGUCCGGAAUUGUCUGGCUUCCAUAGUAGAGAUGUCCGGCUUCCCGUCCAGCAUCGUCGCGUCUCCAUGGCGGCGUAUGGCUGGCUUUCGGUUUAUCCCUCCACCGACGUAGAUCGGUCGCUUUCCUUUGUGUGUCUGUUUUUUUAGUUUGCUUUCAAUAAUCUCAUAUGGGCUGUGUUGGUAAUUACAGUGUAAGCAAUUUCGCUAACUACUGUUCUUUUCCUACCAGUUUUCCAUUGAGUUUUAAUUUGCAGAAAUCAAUUCAGGGAUCUGAGAAUUAGGUUGAAGAUAAGAAGUAGAAUCCGUCGCUUAUUAAUCAUUGCCAAUUCGCUGUUGUAUCUUUAUUGGAGCCUCUUUGUUUAAUACCGGUGAGAAACCCAUAAGAAUCCAUGUUCGAUAGUCUUAUCGACGGUGAUUCCUUCAUCGGAAUCGAAGCUCCAGCGGCGAAGGUUGAAGUCGGUUUGCUUUCGACUGCUCAUCUGACACGUGUUUAUGUCUAUCUUCAGUUGACUACACGUAUUACGGGAUAGAGUCAAAAUUCAGUUUCUUCUUCUGUGAACGACAGUAGAUUCUCUGAUGGGCCUCUUGUGGCUUGAGACUUUCUGUAAUCUUUUACUGUUGUGGGGCUUUUUAGCCCAUGUAUAACUGCCUUUGUUUAAUAAUAUUUCCCUCUUGCGAAAAAAAAAAGAAAAGCUUUAUAAAUAUACCGAUUUAUGGGUGCAGGAUCAUAUACAAGUUUGUGAGAAACUAGAGACGUCUUUUGCUCCAAGUAACAAAGGCUAAGAAAAAAAAGUGUUUUUUUUUUAAAGAGAUAUGGAGGAUCAGAAGCCGACGAGUUUCACGUUUGAGAUAGAUAACUUCUCCGAGAAGGAAUCUGUGAUUAGAACAACAAACUUCUUAAGCGGCGGCUGCGAAUGGUAUGUUAAGGUUCAUCCCAAAGGAGAUCACAUUGAUGAUCACUUGUCUAUGUACCUCUGCGUUGCGAAUCCUGAAUCGUUGCGAAUUGGAUGGAAAAGACUAGCUGCUUUUUCCAUCGCUCUACUGAAUGAAUCGGGCAAAGAGCUCUACAGAAAACAUGAACCGUUUUACCAAUUGUUCUGCGCUGAGAUCCCACUAAUGGGUUGGCCCAAGGCCGUGCCUCUUGAAAAGCUUCAAGAAAAAGGGUUUUUGGAGAAUAAUAAAUUCAUCUUCAAUGUCCAAGUUAAAGUAGCUCAAGUUGUUGAUGAAGGAUCUGUAACUGGGAAUGAGAUGUUAGAUGUCAAUGGUUUCCAAGUUCUUUAUUCUCAGGUGGCUUCAGUGAGUUGGAUUUUCGUGGAACACCCUGACGUUGCAGUGAAUUUCAAACCAAAGAACCAAUUACUAAAGACAACGUACAUGAAUAUCCUCCUCGGUCUAAUCGAGACACUGAACAAGCCUCUACAUAGCAUCACCGAGACUGAGCUAAACAACUCUCAGAGCGACUUGAUCGAGCUAACAGAAGCGGGCUUCAAGCUAGACUGGUUGAAAAUAAAGCUUGAUGAGGUUUCCUUGGAGAGGAAGAUAGCAGAUGUUGAUGGUUAUCGAGUCCAAAGCCUGGCAGAACAUAUCAAGAAUCUCAAAAUUGAAGUUAACCAGGAGCAAAUCAACUCUUCUGCUAAAAUUUUAUCACUGGAGCAGACAUUGUCGAAUCUCAAAGAUGAGCUUAACAAGAAGAAUGCCAAAUCACUUUAAACUUCAAGUAAAGUUUUUUUGUUUUUCUAAGGUGAAACUAAUUAAUUUGAAAUUACUUUACCCUAUCCGGUGACACUGAGUUUAGUCAGUUUUCUUUUUCGUUUUGGAAAUGACUUAAGUAAUUUCCUAAUGAUUCCAGCACUAAUCUUUCCUUUGUACACUUUGAAGCAUACACUUUAACAAUUACAAAACAAACACUUUGGUUGCCAUGA